AUGUCGACCUCUGCCCGUCGUCGCCUUAUGCGCGAUUUCAAGCGUAUGCAAACUGACCCUCCUGCUGGAGUUUCCGCGUCUCCUGUAGCAGACAAUGUCAUGACCUGGAAUGCGGUCAUUAUCGGACCCGCGGAUACGCCCUUUGAGGACGGCACAUUCCGGCUCGUGAUGCACUUCGAGGAGCAGUAUCCCAACAAGCCUCCAGGCGUCAAAUUCAUCAGCCAGAUGUUCCAUCCGAAUGUCUACGGUACGGGCGAGCUCUGCUUGGACAUCCUCCAGAACCGUUGGAGCCCAACCUAUGACGUGGCCGCGAUCCUUACCAGUAUUCAGAGCUUGCUCAACGACCCGAACACCUCAUCCCCCGCCAAUGUAGAAGCCUCGAACCUGUACAAAGAUAACCGCAAGGAGUACAUCAAGCGAGUGCGCGAGACCGUCGAGAAGAGCUGGGAAGAUUAG